GCCACGGUGCUUCUGCAUCAUCCUGAUGGUAUUUGCUCCAGUCUCACUUUUAACCAGAGGCUUCUGAAGGUUCCUCCAGAGCCAGAGGGCAAAAUAACAUCACCAAGUCUGUCAUUCCAGGUGUCCAGUUUAUAUUCAUCUCAUAGGAGUUUGGAAGAAAGUCAAAGCCCGAUCCCUGCAGCAGCUUGCAUUCUGAGGAAGAUCUUAUGCAGGAGUCACAAGCAUAAGGUCCAUGAUGUCAUCCAACCUCAUCACUGAAAUGCCCCAGAACUAUUCUGAGAAGACUUCUGGGCCCAGUGCCUCACAGAAUGGCUCAUACGCUACUUUUGAUGAGUUUGUGAGAUGCCUUACUCUGUUCAUAUGCCUUUGUGGGAUGCUGGGGAAUGGAAUUGUUCUCUGGCUUCUCACUUUUCACAUUAAAAGGACUCCCUUCUCAUUAUAUGUCCUCAAUUUAGCUGGAAGUGAUUUCACCUACCUCUUCUUGGAAGUAAUUUGGGUAAUCAAUUAUCUGAUAUACCGUCCAUCCUUUAAAAAUAUCAUCAAUUUAUUAACAAAUAUGGGUCUACAUGUAACUUUUACAGUAGGUCUGGGCCUAUUGGCAUCAAUCAGCACUCAGCGUUGUCUGUCUAUUCUCUUUCCAAUAUGGUAUCGAAAUCAUCACCCAAAGAAGGGGCCGAUGGUUGUGUGUGGCUUGCUCUGGAUCCUGUCCCCUAUACUAAAUCUACCGAAGGUUUACUACUGUGUUGUAAAGGUAGAAGAACUACCCCUUUCUGGCUGUGACACAGUGAGUAAGUUGUCAGGAACGCUGAUGCUUUCAAUGCUUCUGUUAAUGACCCUGUCCAGUCUGAUUCUCUUCAUCAGAAUCUUGUGGAGUGCCCAGAAAUAUAAACCAAAAAAACUGGUCAUCCUCAUCCUGCUGACUGUCCUUGUGUUCCUUGUCUGUGCUGUCCCUCAUGGCAUCAAUCACUCUGUUUUCAAUUGGAAAGCAAUGUACAACCACAUCUUUCAUGAGAUCUCCUACCUGCUGUCUUGUGUGAAUAGCAGUGCCAACCCCUUCAUUUACUUCUUCAUUGGGAGCCUCAGACAUCAGAGACUGAAGGAGCCCCUCCGAAUUGUUCUCCAGAGAGCCCUGAGAGAUGACAGUGACCCCUCUGAGGACAGAGCAGCUUCCUCCCGGACAGACACAACGUUGGAUACACCAGCAUAAGUCUGGGCGGUAUUCUGUAAAGACUCUGACAGCAGCGGCCCUAUUUUUGAGGGUUCUUUUCUUCAGCUUCACCCUGGCCUUAGCUUCUUCCUCACCACAAAAGGAAAUAGAAUUUUCUUCCUUAUUCAAUCAAAGCAUAUUGAUUGCUUGCUAUAUGCCAAGCACCAGGCUGACGCUAGGGAGCCAAGGGAAAAAAAGUGAAGUAGCUCCUGCCUUCAAGAAGCUUGUAUUUUAUUGAGGCAGACAGACAUGUACACGUAUAGGUAGAUAUAAAUCAGAUGCAAUGCAGAUAACUGUGAAUGUUGGGAAGAAAAGACACUAGAAGCUGGUGGGAUCAGGAAAGGUCUCAUAUAGAAGGUGGCUCCUAGCUGAAUAUCAAUCAAAGGAAACUAGGAAAUCUGAGAGGGGGAGUUGAAGAGCAAGUUGUGGCCAGGGCAAAGUCGGAAAUACCAGGGAUAUAGUAUGACAUGUGGAAGUGAGGAAGGUGUGAAUUGCAGGAACAGCAGAAGCCUGGUGAAAAGACAGGGGGAUGGGGGAUGCAGAAUCACCCGUGAUAAAUAGUAAAUACUUGAGUUUGUUUAACCUACUGAGUACAGGAAGGGCAGGAAGAAGAUUGGGUCAUAGACAAUGAGAUAGAGAGAGAGACAGAGAGGAGAGGAGGGCAGGAACUGGAUGGUGGUAGAAUAUCCAGAAAAUAAGAAUACAAGUCAUUCCUCAAUUGCUAAAUUGUCAAACGAUAUGAACAGGCAGUUUUCCAAUGAAGC